CUUGAAGUCAAUGGCCCAAAAUGACUCUGCUAGUGGAGACUCACUUCCGUAAGGAGAAAGACCGGGCCAGAGGCUGGGAUGAGCAUGCCACUGCACCAGAUCUCUGCCAUCCCUUCUCAGGACGCCACUUCCACUAGAGUCUACAGAAGCAAGACCAAAGAUAAGGAGCAGGAGCAGAAUGAGAAGGCUUUGGGACAUUCCAUGAGUCAUUCAAGCAACAUUUCUAAGGCUGGGAGUAGUCCUCCACCCACGACGGCUCCAGUGUCUUCCUUCUCUCGCACUUCUGUUACACCAUCCAACCAGGACAUCUGCAGUUCCAGUGCAGUGUUUUCUGAGUGUUGUCACUACAGUCCCGUGCAGUCUGCUGUUGUCUUGAAAGCUCCUCCAUGCCAGAGUUCUCUGACACAAGGGCUCACUGUGACAGUUAUCUGUAAAGACACAUUACAGGCAUCAAAGAGAGAUCCCUUUGGUUCAGACUGGGACCGAGCCUCAAGGCCUGCUAAGAAUACUAAGGCCAGAAGAGCACUCAGAAUCUCCAAGUCACUAAGUGAUGUGGGUGAGAAGACCCAGGAUACUUUGGAAAGCUUUGAUUAUAUGGAAAGAACUUGUUCCGAAGGGAAACUGGUGCUUCCUCAAGGUCCAGCUCUCAAAAAGAACAGGCUCCACCAUAAAGCAAAAAGAGCAGAGUACUGCCCACCCCUCGACCAUUCCAAACACUCUCGUGUGGUUUCCCUUUCUACCAACCACUCAGCUGCCUCAAAGAGGGAAGUUGGCAAGGGGAGUGUGUGCAUCCCACUUUUGGAGGACAAAGCUGAUGGUGAGGCCAGGUUAAGAAGCCAGCGACUGCUCCGGUACCUGUUCUCACUCUCCCGUGGCUCAAGUGCUAGUAGCCUGCAUAGGUUCCAUGAGCUGGAGAGCCAUGCCAGCCAUUUGCACACUGCCAAGUCCUCCAGCUGGCUGGCAGGGAGCACGGACUUCUGUUCUGAUGAGAUGGGAGAUGACGACGUCUUUGAGGAUACAUCAUCUGCCAAACUGAAGAGCAGGGUCCUGCGUGCGCCCCUCUGCUCAGUAGAGAAGGACAGUGACCUGGAUUGUCCUUCUCCACUCUCUGAAAAAUGCACCCCCAUCUCUCCCGUGUCCACCUCAGGGGAUGCCUGCAGGAUCUGCCACUGUGAAGGAGAUGAUGAGAGCCCUCUGAUCACCCCCUGUCACUGUACAGGAAGCCUCCAUUUUGUGCAUCAGGCUUGCCUGCAGCAGUGGAUCAAGAGCUCUGACACACGCUGCUGUGAGCUCUGCAAGUACGAGUUCAUCAUGGAGACCAAGCUGAAACCUUUGAGGAAAUGGGAGAAGUUGCAGAUGACUUCCAGUGAGCGAAGGAAGAUCAUGUGCUCAGUAACAUUCCAUGUCAUUGCCAUCACCUGUGUGGUCUGGUCCUUGUAUGUGCUCAUUGACCGCACCGCAGAGGAGAUCAAGCAGGGUCAGGUGACAGGAAUCCUAGAGUGGCCUUUCUGGACUAAACUGGUAGUUGUGGCCAUUGGAUUCACUGGAGGACUUCUUUUUAUGUAUGUUCAAUGCAAGGUGUACCUACAAUUAUGGAAAAGACUCAAGGCUUAUAAUAGAGUGAUCUAUGUUCAAAACUGUCCAGAAACAAGUAAAAAGAAUAUUUUUGAGAAGUCUGCACUAACAGAGCCCACCCUUGAAAAUAAAGAAGGACAUGGAAUGUGUCAUUCCACCACAAAUUCUUCUUGCACAGAGCCUGAAGACACUGGAGCAGAAAUUAUUAAUGUCUGACAGUGUGGAAGGUGUCAUUUCCCUGAUGUCCACAAAGAGCUGAAGGAAUUUGUUUACUGCCAAUUGUGUUCCUUGCUUCUUUCAUGUAAUAGCAUAGACUGGGCAGGUGACUGUUGAUAGUGGCCUCUCUUUUUCCCAACCCUCCUUGGUGUGAAGAUCUUAGAAUUCCUGAGGAGCAGAUGCCACUUGCCCCAUUCUGCCAGGUUCUUCUUUGGGCCGGAAAGCUGAGAGACCCCAAGUAACCAUGAUGAGGGACUGGCUGAGUUUCAGCUCCUGGUCUUGAGCAGAUAAGGAAGUAAAAAGCUAAGCCCAGGGGACAGAGCAGCAUGGGGGAGACUGGUGGUGAGAGAGUCCCCAGAGGACAGAGCAGUGGGUACACGGAGUGCUGCUGCUGGUGGCAGGGCUCCCUCCUCACUGAUAGGAGCUAGGAGACAGGAAGGGAGCAGAGCCUACACACAAACCCCUGCCUCGCUCGCUCGCUUGGCCGCUCGGCCCAUGUUGCCGCAUUGCUCUGGGGUGGGUAAGGCUGUAGGGCCCUGUGUCUGCUGGUGUGUGAAUCACUGAGCAAACAGCACUUUAUGAAAGUUUUUAUUUUGGAAUUCCUGUGUCUAGUGGGUGUGACACUUAAAAGAAUGUCAUAUUUAGACAUGUUCUCUUUAUUGCCCCUGUCAUCUCUUUGCAUAAAAAUUGAUUUGAAACAAUUUCUUCCUUAUAUAUUCUGAAUAGUAGGAUGUCUUCCCAUGUCCAGAAAAGACUGGUGACUUCAAGCAAGACAGACAAGUCUGAGAUAUUUUUCCUUAACAGUGUCCAUGGGAGGUAAUGGAUGCCAAGGACAUACUCUUUGGUUUUGAGCCUGUUUGCUGACAAGCCCUAGCUUACAAGCCCACCCAUGCAUUUCUGUUUUGUCAACACUAAAAUGGAAGGAUUUUGAGAUCUAAUGGAUGAGUCAGGCUGAGUAUUUAGAGAAUGCUCCUUUGACUGACAGAAGUCUCCAGAUGGAGUGGACACACACUGUGGACACCCCUGUGAUCCACCUCUGCUUCCCAUGGUGCUGACCAUGUUUUGUGGAGUCACUGCUGAGGGCUGGGAGGUAAACAGACCAGCUUUGAGAUGAGGUCUUGGCAUGAGCAGCCAACUGUCACGGGCCACUGUGUCAUGGGCUGGCCCAUACACACUCACCGCCUUAACCAGACAUGACAGGAUCGUUAGGGUCCUUAGGGCCACAUGUGAUCCAUUCUGUCAUUGGGGUUACCUCCUGCACCAUUUUUCACAAGACAGACAAAGCCAGAUCACCACCAUUAAAUGGCCUUUGUCCCUUUAAAUAGUCUGCUGAACAUUUUUUUCUUGAAGGCCAUUGUCACUGUGCCAGGCAAUAGUCAACUCACAAUGUGACAAGAGGGAUCCCAGAAGUGUACUCUCCUAAGUGGUCCUGUUGGCUACAGGGUCUUCAGAGCCUCCUGAGGUGGGAGGGGCAGUGCCUGGGAACUUUGCUGCUUUUCCUGUCUUCUUCAGAGACUGAGGAAACUGACAAUGGAUCUUUUGUGGUUCCCAGUAGAAGCCCCAUGCUUGGUUUGCAGGGGCAGGUUUUGUCCUAAUACCCCUUAUCUAAUCUCUGGGGUCAUGGGGUUCAGUCAUAGAGCUGUUUUGCCAGGGAUUUCAGUCAUUAUCCAAUCAGCCCACUCCUUAGGUUAGCCUAUUCUCUCUCCCAGACCACACAAGCCUCCCUGUGCUCACUAUGCCCCAAAGUGCAAUUACUCACACACCUUCUUGGUCUGGGGACACCAGGAAGCUACAGACUGCCCAUUAGGGAUCCCUUACUAUACCGUUCAAAAGCUGCUGCAGCUGAGUACCUAAUCCUGUCCAUCUGUCCCUGAAACAAUGCUCACUCAACAGUGGGCGGGCAGUCACAUGAAGAUGGAGAUUGUUUGAAGUAUGAAGUCCCAACCAGCCACUGAGGCUUCUGUAGAGAGGACAGUGUAUUUCAUUGGGAGUAGUCCCUGCACAGCUGCCCCAGGGGCCUUGUACCCCACAUAGAUAAGGUGACUUUAGAUCCAUGGCUUUCAUGUUGUUCUCUUCAUUUCAGGAAGGCCUAACUCCAUCUCUUUCUUCUCUGGCUACUCUGUUGAAGUCUCUCUUCAUCCUUCUUCCCUUCCCAGCUACCCCUUGGUCAUUUUUUCCUGUAGGUGCUCUGAUGUAGCAAACAGCUGUACCUAUUGGCAACUCAGUGCACGAGACUGGCAAGGCAUGCACUAUGAAGCAUGAUAGCAGGUCUAUGGUCUGCCCAGGCUCCCCAUGUCCUUGUCUGAUUUCCCUCUGAGUAAUUUUGCAGGGUUUAUCUGUCUAUUCCAUUUCUCCUCAUUUGAGUCUGAAUGUAGUGGGAAGAUGGUAGAUGGCUGCACCAAGCAGGUCUAGGAUGAGGCCUCAGGGCCAGGGGGGCUUAAGCUUGCGGGUCAAAUGAAGGAGGAGGUAGUCUCAGGGUGUAACUAUCAGCCCUCUCUAUAACCUAACCUUUACCCCCAUGACUUUAGCUGCCAUGAGUAAGUGGGAGGGGGCUGUGCCCAAGUUAAUUGCAAUAUUUUCCUGGAAAUGUUGUAAAGUUCUCUUCUUACUCCAGGUCUCUUUGUUUCCCCUUUCUGGCUUUAGCACACUCUUUAGUCAUGUAGGCCUAGUUUCCAAACCUGUGGGUGUCUCCACCUGGACUCAUUUGUGCCGACCUCAGGCAGUGGGGGAGGGGACAAUUCAAGGCAUUGAGUAGUUGUCUAAAUGACAGGAGGCUAAAGGCUGGAUGGGCAGAGUGAAGAGCUAUAAUUUGUGGGUGUGAUUGGAUGCACAUGCAUAUUUGAAGUGCCACCCCACCAAAGCUGGUUUGAGAUAGCUUAUUAUGCAGCUUUUAUCUGUAGUCCAAGGAAAGUCCAAAGCAUAGGGAGAUGAAGGCAUUUAUUUGUCUUUGUGUUGGAAGUGAUUGAUGAAGGUGUGUAACUGGUGCACAUUUAGAUGCAAUGUUUAAAGUUGAUUGUUAAUAAAAACCAAAUUUACACUGGUGUGUGUAGUGUAGUUUCUAAAAAGCACUUCACAUUUCUUAAAAAAUUUCUAGUAAUCUGAAUGUCUAAUUUUUUAAUCCUUUUGUGUAUGUUCACUGUUUCUCAGUAUUACUGCUUGAAUAAUUCUCUGUACAGGGGAUUUGUUUGUGCUAUUCACGGGGUAUCUAAAGGUAGCAAUAAAGCUUUUCUUUACAAAGGA